CUGCUCUUCCUUCCGGAGACCUGACAGGAAAGACGAAGUCGCAUUGCUGACCACAAAAUGGCACGAGUUGUUCCGGAACAGGAACAGAGUUCAAUCCCAGGAAUGGAGUUCAUCUAUGUAACGGAAACAAAGAUCAAGUACAUCAACACCAAAUACAAGAAGGUCACGGAACAGAUGUAUGACCACAAUUGUGACGUGAAGCUCAAGGUCGCUCAGAGCAGCUUCAAGGCUCACAAAAAUGUACUGAUGGAGGCGAGUGAUUACUUUUCUGCCAUGUUCAGCCAUGACAUGAAGGAGAAAGAAAAGGGAGUAAUAGAGCUUCUUGAUAUCAGCCCGGGAGGGUUUUCUGUCAUUUUAGAUUAUUUCUAUCAUGGUCAUGUGACUAUUGAUCGGGAUGUGGUUGCUGAUGUGUUAGAAGCAGCUCGAUUCUUUCAUGUUGAAUGGCUGAUUGAAGUCUGUUGUGAAUACUUAGUGCGCCAUCUAGUGCUCGACGACUAUGAGGAAGUGCUGCACUUGGCAGAACUGUUUUCACUUGGUAAUCUCCAACCUGACAUUUUUCGAUUUUUGGCAGACAAUAUCCUGAAACUGAUUGAAGACCCAAACUCAAGCUUUUUGAAAAAACUUUCCUUUGAACUUUUGUCUGAGUUCUUAAGACAAGAUAUCUACAUGGAUAUUUCUGAGGGGUUCCUUGUCAGUAUUAUCCUGCAGUGGGUGGAUACAGAUAUAGAGCAGCGGCAUGACCAUCUACUGCCUCUUCUCAGACUCAUCCGUUUCCCGUUGAUCGAUAUUGAAGAUCUGGCGUUGCUCCCUCCAAGUGUCACCAGCAGUCCAGAGAUCAUGGAUGCUGUUGAAGAAGCCAAGCAGUACCACUAUGACAUCCCAGGACAGGUGAUGAAAACUGACAACCGCUUCAUGGCCCGUGGAGUGAGUACUGUCACAACUGUGUUGUCCAUCAACACAGAACAGAAUAUUCUCUUGCACAAAGCGCCUGAAAAGAAUGAUUUUUUAAUUGAAGAGCUGAACCAAGCAAAUAUAGAAACCGAUUUUGAGACAACAGAGUUGGCGACAGUUGGCAACUUUUUAUAUGCGGUGGGUGGAUAUGAUCCAUUGGUAGUCAGCAGUAGGAGACUUUUCAGAUUUGACCCCAAAUACCGAGAUUGGAUUGAGCUUGCCAUGAUGGCCCAAGGUAGGGUGUCCUUUGCAAUCUGUAACAACGAAAGUAGGAUCUUUGUUUUUGGUGGCGUGGACCACAAGCUGUCCACAACUGGUGACACGGAAAGUGACACAAUCUUGUCUUCAUCAGAAAUGUACGAUGCAUCUGACAACAGUUGGAUCCCCCUCCCGAACAUUUUGACAGCUUCCUACGACCAGGCAGCAGCCAUUGCUGGGGACAACAUCUUCAUCUGUGGAGGGAUCUCUGUAGAGCCCCAUGACCCAAUCCCAAUGGGUUCUGCCUUCAAGUUGUCUCUAGCCACGGAAAGUUGGGAACCCAUCAAGGACAUGCUACAGGCUCGGAAGGGGCACAGUAUGACCCAUCAUAACGGAAAGCUGUUUGUCCUGGGAGGGUACAUGUCCACGGAAGUGAACACCUUUGUGGACUGCAUGGAGAAUGAGAUGUACGACAUUGAGACCUGUCAGUGGACUAAGAUUAUGAGGACCCCUGACUCGAUCGGCCAUGUCUUCAAUGAGGCUAAUAUUCUCAAUAACAUGCUGUACUUUGUGGGGAGUGUUGGCGACAACUGCUUCCUUCAUCACUAUGACAUCGCAGCUGAUAAGAUAGAAGAAGGUACCCUAAUCGGACCGUUUGUGAAGAAGUUCUGUGUCUUACAAAUGGCACUGCCACCUCAAGGUUCAUAGUGAAGGCUUCCAGUUAGGUCGAUACAUUUAUGCAACAGAUCCAUAUUGUGAAACCCAUAGUCAUAGCGUGUUUCAAAAUGCUAGAAUGAAACAUUAGUAGAGACGUUUAGAUGAUUGGUUGAUCCAAAAUCCAUCUACCAUGGAAAUGCCUUUGUUGUGGACUGAUGAACAUGACUCGAUGAUUACUUUUUUAAGACAGUUGUACCCGAUUGAUUACUUGAAACGACCUGUGUGAUGCUUUUACUGGUUA